AUGGGUCGUUAUGUCAAGCCCAAGCCUCAGGGAUCUGCUGUAUUGGAGAUCCUCAAGGUACUCUUCUUUUCUAUUACGAGGUGCUCCCUGGAAAAAAACAAGGAGUCCAAUGGUGGUCGUUUCAAGGAUGGUUUCAUUGAGGAUGCAAAGGCACUCUUCCGAUUGGUGCCUUUAUUUUCCCUCAUUAUACCUUUCGUGAUGGCUUACAAUAACAUGACGACAGCUUUCCUAACUCAAGGUAAGAAGAUGGACACCAACCUGUUCGGAUGGGAGAUGCCGGCUCAGAUGAUGCAGAACGUGGAUCCUAUUGCCGUGGUUUUGACUAGUGUUUUGGUUGAUACGGUGUUGUUCCCUCUUCUGAAGAGGCACAACCUAAUGCCACCAGUUCUGGUACGUUUCUGCAUUGGUUCAUUGUGUGGCGCGGCGUCCCUACUCGUGGCUCUUGGUGUGGAGUAUAUGGUUAUGCCGAAGCCUGUCUUCUCUGUCUCCAUUUGGUGGCAGAUUCCGCAGUUCUGGUUGAUUGCUGCUGGUGAGAUCUUCCUAAUUUCAACUUCUUACGAAGUCGCAUUCACCCACUCUCCGGGAGCAUUGAAGGCAGUUGCUUCAGCCUUCAACCUUUGCUUCUUCUCUAUUUCUAAUGUUCUCUCGGCGGUCCUUUUCCAACUAUGCUCUGAUUGGCUUCCCAAUUUCGAUGUUGAGAAUCCAACUGAGGAUGCUGUCAGUGGUGCACACUACGACUUCUACUAUAUGGUAUUGAUAGCAUUGUGUAUAUUCGGUGCAGUCGCUGCGGUGUCGAUGAUUCCGUACUUCAACAGGGUCGCCGCCAAGAACGCGGCUAGGAAGUUGGAAGCUGAGCUUGAGAAUGUCGAGAAGAAUAAGGUCGAGGUCGAUGUAUAA